AUGUUUAGCCAAUCGUAUCUCAUUCAGCCACAACACAGCUUUUCUAUUCAUCUAUUCUAUUCAGUGCUUUCUAUUUGUUCAACAAUGAGAACCUCAACGCUUCUUUUCUUGUUCGGUGUGAUCGCGUUGAUGGCCAUUUCAAUGGCUUAUCCAACUGUGGAUGAGCACUCGGUUACAAGUGAUGAUCACGGAACACUCGCCGAAGAAGAUGCCGAUCCGAAUGAAAGUCAUGCUCGUGCUCGUCGUUGGGGCGGAUGGGGAUGGAGAAGACCAAUGUGGGGCGGAUACGGAAUGGGAAUAACUUGGCUCUGGAAAGCGUGGCUGAGCUGUUUGCCGAAAAACCGCGCGGCUCGUUGGAUCGUUUGGUGGUCGGUUUGUCUUUUCAUUCCGACGAUACUCUUGACGCACCUCGUCGACGGAAUCACAGUUAUGAAGCAAACACCUUAUUUUAAGCAUUUCUCUGUGGCGGUGAAUCAGUUGAUCAAGAGAACAACUCAUCGAGUCCUUCCUCAUCAAAAGCACCGAGUCCAAGUCUUCCCAACGAUGGGGAUCCCGGUUUCGAUCAAGAAUUACCGC